CACGUUCAAGAUGAAGUUGUUAAUCUUAGCUUUGAUGGCAAUUUUUAUAGGUAUCUCAGAAUGCUCCAUUAAUUGCAAUACUCCGCAGGGAGCAAUUUAUAACUCAGAUGAAAUGUUACAAUGUAUUUUUGAUAUAAAAAAGAGCGAGAUGGACGAAGAUUGUAACAAAGAUAACAAAAAAACGAGAGGGGAUAGAAUCAAAAAUGCUUACAAUAAUUAUCUUAAGUCUAUUGAAGAUGUAGGCCAAAAACAGACUAAGGAGAAUUGGCCCCAGAAGGAACAGAAGAAUAAAUGUUUACAAGAUGCAGCUUUCACAAACGCGAAAAAAAAAUUCAUCAAAACAGCGUUACCGUGCGGGUCGGACCAGAAAUUGGACGCUAGCCUGGCAAACGCUAACAAAUUAACUUGCCCAAUUAUUCAUGGACCAUAAUCAAAGCCAAGAAAAUAAAAUGGAACCAGGUAAAAAGAAUGGCA